CCAGAGGCCUCCGCGGCAGCCCGGGCGACUACACUUCCCAGAAGCCCCGGCGACGCCCGACCGGAAGCUUCCGGGCCGCCGAGUGUCCUUGCCUCGCGCGCGGAGCCGGCCGGCCGGCGAUGGUUUCCCGAAUGUGGUCGCUCCUGAGGUUCGUCGUCAAGGGCGGCGUGGCGGGGGGCGCCGUGUACAUGGCGUACGACCAGGGCCUGCUGGGCUCGGGCGACCGGAGCCUGGCGGCCCUGCGGAGGAGCGAGGAGGUGGCGGCGCCCGCCCUGCGGAAGGCCGGCCAGUACGUGUGCGAGCAGACGGGCCUGAGGAUGCCGCAGCUCCCCGCGCUGCCGAAGGUCGACUUCCACUUCCGCGACUCCUGGGACUCAGGCAUCCUGGCGGUGAUGAACACCCUGUCCGAAGCGCCCUCCAAGGCCGGCCAGUACUCGCGGCAGGGCUGGGACUAUGUGAAGGAACGACUCAAGUAGCAGAAGCCGAAUCAGGGACCCCGAUCGCCACUCCAAGCCGUUCGCCCUCGGCCCUGCCCUUUAAAUAAAGGACUUUGGAAGCU